CUCAUACUGUACCCUACAGCUGCAUGAUUCAGUGGUCGAUUUAAACGAUGGGAAGGUGGAUAAUAUUUAUUGCAGGAUUAUUUCCAGGUGUCUGGAGUGGAAAUUGGGGAGUGACUUUUGAAAACCAGUGUGCUUUAAAAGGGACGUCAGUCAAUUUAAAGUGCAAUUACGACUAUCCCGCACUAAAUAUUAUUACCUGGGUCGGCUGGUAUAAACACCAUCCAAUAUCCAAUGUUUGGCACUGGGUUCUCCUCUCUGAUCUCCAUUCACCACCAAACCAUUUUAAAUAUAUUGGUAAAUCCCGCGGUGACUGCAGCCUGAGGAUCAAUAAUGUUCAGUACUCGGAUCAAGGAAAAUAUCGUUUCCGUUUUUCAUCGACCCUUGGGAGUUGGACAAGUAAAGGACACGCUUCACUGGAAGUAAAAGAUUUGACCUUAGUGGUUCAGCCGAGCACCGUCAGAGAGGGAGACACCGUCAGGCUGACCUGCAGGUCAGGCUGUCCUGGACCUGCAGUGUUUUUCUUCUUUAAAGAUGGACGCCGAAUUCAGAGUCCACAGUUCCAGGCCAGAAGAGAGGAUGCUGGAAAGUACUACUGUGUCAUCCAGGGACCUGAGACGGUGUGGUCUGCCACUGUUGCUCUGAGUGUUCACUGUGAGUAUGAGUGA